AUGCACGUUGUCGACCCGACUCGCUUCCCUCUGACCGCCAAUGCACAAUAUAAACCACAUCCGCAUACGCUUGCAGAUGCCAAAGCCUUUUACUCCAAAUACGGCAUCGAGAACAUGGUGCUCGUCCAGCCGUCGAUUUAUGGAGACGACAACUCGUGUAUGUUGGAAGCACUUGAUGAAUUGACUCCUCAACACGGACGCGCCGUGGUGGGCUUGAAUCCAGAGACCAUCGACACGGAAACGCUGGAAAAGUGGCACGCCAUUGGCGUGCGUGGGGCGAGGCUGAAUCUCGUCAGCGUAUCGAGGGAAGUCAAUGAGGAUGAACUGCGAGCCGAACUCCAGAGUUAUGCAAAGGCCUUAAGGCCCUUCAAUUGGGUUCUGCAGCUCUAUGUCCCGUUGAAGUUGGCAUUGCCACUGGUGCAUAUUGUCCCAGAUCUGGGGGUCAAGGUCUGCAUCGAUCAUUUCGGAUCGCCCGUUCUUCCUCAACAAUUUGACCCAUCGGUGACCAUCUAUCCAUACGACAUGAAGGGCUUUGCGUCCCUAGUGAACCUACUUCAGGAUGGAAGGACGUGGGUGAAGCUCUCAGCACCAUACCGACUUUCCAAAGACCCGGAGAUGAGAGAUUUGGAUCCCGUAGGCAGGGAGUUGGUCAUCAAGGGUGCGGAUCGUGUUGUCUAUGCAACGGAUUGGCCGCAUACAAGGUUUGAGAAUAUUGACUCGGAACCAUUUAUUGAGAAAUGCUAUGAAUGGUGUAACGAUGACCCUGCUUUGGUCGAGAAGCUAUUUCGAACCAAUGCUGAGAAACUUUGGGAUGUGUCUUCGGGCAUAUAA